AGGGAUCAUUUAAAUAAUCAUUGAAAGUUGAGGGUAAAUUUGCCGCACUGCCAAGUAAUUGGCACACGUGUCCUGCAAAGGAAGUCUUUUUUGGCAAAUAAAGGAGUGAACUUUCGGAAGAUUGAAGAGUCAGCUAAGUCUCCCUGUUGGACCGAGGAUUGUGCAGAGAAACGAAGAAGAAGAAGAAGAAGAAGAAAAUGGCGGAUUCGAAGGUAGAGACGAUCUCCAGACUUGCUCAAUGGAGGAUCGAAAACUUUGGCCCUGGCUCUUACCGGAAAUCCGACCCCUUCAAGGUCGGUAUCUGGAACUGGCAAUUGUCUAUAGAGAAGAAUCGCUACCUUUACAUCCGUUUGUUUCCAGAAACUUCCAAGUUGUCUAAGGAGAAUCCUCCGAUCGCCAGGUUCGUUCUUCGUGUCUCCACCUCCGGUGCUAAUCGCAAAUUCUACAUCUCUCCAGUUCAUGAGAGACUGCUUCGAACUAGUGAAGACUUUGUCUGGCCUGUUGAUUCUACAGUCUAUAGUCGCUUCAUCAUUGAUGUUGAGUUUCUAGACUUGAAGAUAUGGGGUGGAGAAGCCAGUUCCAUAUAUCCCAUUGACGGGACAAUGCAAUCUCUUUCAACUGAAAGCACCCUCCGCUGCCUUGCUCGCAUGCUUGAUGAGGGUAUUCAUACAGAUGUUACCAUCAAUACUGCUGAUGGGACUCUAAAAGCUCACAAGGCGAUUCUAUCUGCAAGUUCACCUGUUUUCCAGAGCAUGUUCCAUCACGACCUCAAGGAAAAGGAGUCAUCCACAAUUUGCAUAGAGGAUAUGUCAAUGGAGUCUUGCACAGCCCUUCUCAGUUACUUGUAUGGAACCAUAAAGCAAGAGGAUUUCUGGAAGCAUAGGCUAGCAUUGCUGGGAGCGGCAAACAAAUAUGAUAUUGCAGACCUAAAAGAUGCCUGCGAGGAAAGCCUCUUGGAAGACAUCAACUCAGGGAAUGUCCUUGGGAGACUGCAGGAGGCUUGGCUUUACCAAUUGAACAAGCUCAAAAAAGGAUGCUUAACGUACUUGUUUGAUUUUGGCAAGAUUUAUGAUGUUAGAGACGAAAUCAAUAACUUCUUCAAGCAGGCUGAUCGACAGCUGAUGCUGGAAAUGUUUCAAGAAGUAUUAACAGCUUGGAGACCUCUAUGAUUUUUCGUAUGUGAUUUUACCAUCAAUUAGUGAUGAACAAACUAUGGUGUGGGAAUCCAUAUGCAGUAUAAAGCCUGUUGUAUAUUUACCUUAUCCGACCAUGUAAAGUAAACGUUUA